UUGAAAAGCUGAUCUGCAUCAACACAAUCCACAUUCAGAUGAAAGCUGUACAUUCAGUAGCUCUGACCUGCACAAAAACACUGGACAAAACAUGGGUAAACAGAAGGAAGAGAAGGGAAUGGAGAGGAAGGUGGACGCGAUGUCCUGCAACAUCAUCAAUGAGUUGCGUUUAGAGAAGCGGUUCUGUGACGGAGUCAUCAUGGUGGACGGCACUGAGUUCCAAGUGCAUAAGAUCAUCCUGUGCGGCUGCAGCCCGUACUUCAUGACUCUCUUCAACAAUGGCUUGUACCCUCCUGAUAAGCUCAGGUACUGCAUCCCUAACGUUUCCGCCGAGAUAAUGGAGCUGAUCAUGGAGUACGCGUAUAUGAGACGUGUUAACAUCACGGAGAAAAACGUGUGUAAACUGCUGAUCGCUGGUGAUUAUCUGUUGGUGAACAGCCUGGUGAAUGAGUGCUGCGCGUUCCUGAAGGCUCAGCUGUGUCCCAAGAACUGCAUUAACAUCUGGCGUUUUGCCCACUCCUACUUCUUCGAGAAGUUGAAGCAGCAGGCCUUCUGGUUUAUCUUGCACAACUUUGAGGAGAUGGUGCGCCUCUCUGAGGAGUUCCUGGAUCUGACGGUCGAGCAGCUGAGCGAGAUCAUCGAGAAGGACGAACUGAACGUGAAAAAGGAGAGCGUGGUGUUCGAGGCCGUCUUACAGUGGAUCAAACAUGUGCCAUGGAAACGGAAAGCACACAUAGGAGUGUUACUGCCCAAGGUGCGUCUGCGGCUAUUGACACACGAUUACCUUAUGAACAAUGUGAGCAACAAUGCUUUAGUGAUGGACGACAUGACGUGUAAGCCGAUCAUCACUAGCAUUCUGACGGGCAUCGAUGACCUCAACUCGAGCCUUUCUCUCAGCUCUGAUCUCAUGAGACUCCGCCUGCCCAGCGCUGUUCUGCUGACCAUCGGUGGCUUGCACAACAUGGAACCCACCAAUGCCAUACAAGCGUAUGAUACGCGAGCAGCAUGCUGGGUCAAUGUCACGUGCAAUGACGAGAGUCCACGAGCCCAUCACGGGAUGGUGUAUCUGAACGGCUUCGUGUACUGCAUCGGAGGACUCCACAGUGUUAAAUUCCAAAACAGUGUGAGAAGGUUUGACCCCAUCACCAGAACCUGGGCUCAGGUGAGCCCCAUGUACUUUUGCCGGUGUUUCGUGAGCGUGUGUGUGCUGGAUGGUCAUAUCUAUGCGAUGGGAGGAUUUGAUGGCAUCGAACAUCUGAAUACGGUCGAGCGAUAUGAACCUGAGAAUGAUCGGUGGAGCAUGAUCGCACCGAUGCACGAACAAAGGAGCAACGCUAGCGCUACAUUACUGAACGGCAAAGUGUACAUAUGCGGAGGGUAUAACUGGAGAGAGCAUUUGUUCUCGGGGGAGUAUUACAGUCCUCAGAUGGGAGCGUGGACCGUCAUCCCCCCCAUGAUGAAGAGAAGGAAUGGACUGGGCGUGGUUGCGUACGGAGGACAGGUUUAUGCUGUCGGGGGAUUUGAUGGUACUAAUGAGCUAAGCGAUGUAGAGGUGUAUAAUCCUCAGACCAAUGUGUGGAGACAAGGUCCAGCCAUGAAGAGCAAGCACAGAAACUUCGGCAUUGAGGUGCUGGACGAUCUCCUGUUCGUUCUUGGAGAAAAUAAUGUGGAGUGUUAUGAUGAGCAAACUUCUAAAUGGCAUGCAGUCGAAAACACUGGGAUUUCACGCCGUGCUCUGAGCUGCUGUGUGCUGUCUGGUUUACCCAACAUAGCCGAGUACGCCGCGCCCCGAGAGAAUCCCUUUGGAGUCAGAGCUCACGGAGCACCAGGGGCUACCUCAAACCUCCUGCCAACGUCUGAGAUGUACAAAUAAACCUCUCACUUCAUCAGCAUCCUUUUGUUCUCGAGAAUCAAAUGAAACAUUCUGAAACAGUCAAACUCCUGCAUUUGCCUUUUGUUUACUCUCUUAUGCCACAAGCCGUUGUACUGAAACUCGUAAAACCACAACAUCCCUCAUGGAGACGUGCGAUGGAACAGUUAGCGUCCACCAUCCUGAGAUCUCACACUCACUCACACACACACACACACACACACACCUGACGUCACAAUGACACGGCGGCUCACAUGGUCAAUGCUGAACAGAAUUCCCUUCAUGUUAUUUUCUACAUGAUGAAACUGGACUUUGUUGACAUGUAGCUUUUGUGUCGUAAGUUUAGGUUUGUGACAUAAUUCCGCUGAUUUUAGCCCAAACUCACUAACGUGAUAAAAUCACUGUAACGGAUCAUUUUUACGAGCAAAGAUGAAGACAGGGGACGAAGAUUAUACAUCAUUUCUCUCUGUACAUCACAGAAAUAAUGCAUGUAGAUCUUAUUAAUAUGUUUAUCCAGCUCAAAUAUGACCUUGCUCCGAGUAUCCACCAUUAUUUCCGAGCCGAGCCGGAAUGCCUUUAGAUCGGAACACCAGAAAACUGGUUCUGUACUUUCAGAGCUCGAGUACAACAGCGUACAACGGAGUGCAGCAUUAAUACCAGCAGAUCCACAGUGAGAGACUCUCAGAUAAUACUAUAAACACACCAGGUUCAAUUACACUACACUAAAACAACAGAAAAAACAUGGAUUAGGAAAAAAGGACAUAAAAUAAUGACAAAGAGUAAAGGAAAAGGAGAGCGAGAGAAUAUAUAUGUGUGUGUGUGUGAGAGAGAGAGGAUGAGAGAGAGAAUGAUAGAGAGAGAAUAUGUGUGUGAGAGAGGGAGGAUGAGAGAGAGAAUGAUUGAGAAUGAGAAAGAGAGAUAUGCAUGAGAAUUAAAUAGAAAGCAUGAAAAUCAGAAAUCAAGAGGGGAAAAAAGCAAAGAGGUGAGAGUCAAACACACUACAUGAGGGACUGACAGAAAAAGUUUGAAAGAAGAUAAGAAAUGUAAAAAAUAACGGAGAAAAAGAAAGAGCAAAAAAGGAACAAUAAAAAUGAUAAAUAUGAAAGGGAAAGAAAACAUGGUAGAGGAAUAAAAAAGGUAGGACAUAAUUGAUAAAGAGCAGGAGAAACCGUGGAAAAGAAGAGGAAGAGAGACAGAUAAAGAAAAAAGGAAAGAGAGGAAGGAGAAAAGAGUGAAAGAGGGAUGAAAGAAAUGAAGAAAGAGAGAUUAACGUGUCACCUUGAAGAAGUCGGAUUUGUCGGCGAUGUGCUUUAACAUCCCCUGUGUGAGCUGCGGCCUGAUCACCACGGCAACACGACCCUGGCUCGGGCUCAUCGGCUGGGCGGAGUCGGCCACACCCACCCAUUCUGCUGUCACCAUGGCGAAGGACUGAUACGAACAUAGCAUCACUAUGUGCUACUUCAACAGUAUUUAGAAUGAUUAUGUGCUUCUAGAACCUUAGUUUGAAUGACUACGUGCUACUGUGACAUUAGUUCGAAUGACUACAUGCUACUACAACAGGAUUUAGAAUGAUUAUGUGCUUCUAGAACCUUAUUUCGAAUGAUUACGUGAAUGGUAAAAUGGCGCACUUAUAUAGCGCUUUUAUCCGAAGUGCUUUACACUGUGUCUCAUUCACCCAUUCACACACACACACUCACACACCAAUGGCAACAGAGCUGCUAUGCAAGGCGCUAACUUCCCAUCGGGAGUAACUUGGGGUACAGUGUCUUGCCAAAGGACACUUCGGCAUGUGGAGUCAUGUGGGUCAGCAAUCAAACUGCCAACCCUACGAUUAGUGGACAACCCGCUCUACCAACUGACCCACAGCUGCCCUAAUUAGUCAAGCUAAUGUCAGAAACUCUAGAGCUCAGUUCUGUAAAUUAAAGGAAAAAUCCACCCUGAAUGACUUGAAUAUUAAUCUUUCUAAUUGGGAUCAUUGUUGGCUUUCAUAAUUUAUUUUUGUAAUCAAAUUUUUAGUUGGCCAUUUUAGUUUAAACUUCAUUUCAUCAACACUUUGGUUUAUUUUCACAUUUGUUUCCUACAUUUGCCACGAUGCCAUUCAACUACCUGCUGAUAGUGGUGCCAGUGGGAUUUAGACCUUGCUUCAUUUCUAACUAAAGAGACUGAAGCAGCAGCGUUUUAAUCUGUCCAACUUCCUCACGUCAUCUGUUGCAAAGCUUUAACUUUUAUACUAAUACCAAUAUUAACACUGUUGUGCUUGUCAUCUUGUAGAUCACUAACUAACCAAGCUGUGUCUGCCAUAAAUCAUCGCAAUUGUGCCAUUUGGUGUCUCUACUACUUUUUUCAUUGGAUUUCUCAUUAAUAUGACCUUGAACAUCACUGGAAAAUGGUGAGUAAGAAGUUGUUGUUCAUUUGUCAAUGAGGCGGCUGUGGCUCAGGUGGUAGAGCGGGUUGUCCACUAAUCACAGGGUUGGUGGUUCUAUUCCCAGUCCACACGACUCCACGUGCCGAAGUGUCCUUUGGCAAGACGCUGAACCCCAAGUUGCUCCCGAUGGCAGGUUUGUGCCUUGCAUGGCAGCUCUGCUACCAUUGGUGGGUGAAUGAGACCCAGUGUAAAGCUGCAGACCAUUUACCAUCUGUUUUUAGGAGCCAACAGCAAAACCUCACUGUUAUGUUGAAUUGUUUUUAUUCCUUUAGUUGCCUUUAGUUGAUAGAUGAUACUACUGAUAGAGGUAUCAGUAGUAAUCAUAAAGCAGCCUCUGACAAAUAUAUUUACAGUUCUGAUUAUCUGCCCAAAUGUUUACCUGUGGCAUUCGUGCCACACCCAGGAAUUACGGCUCAAACGGGGACGGAAGUCGGCCUGGCCCACGUUGUGGAUCUCCAAGGAGAAGCGAAGUUGACGACUCUGUCCGUACAGUCAGUUGGCGUUGGCUGCAGAUUUAGAUAAACAGUUUUCCUCUGCUGCACAGUAGAGAAAAUGCAGCGGCCGAUCUUCUAUGUAGACACUGUACUCCACCAGAGGGCAUUCAGGACCAAGUCUGAAGCCGCUAAGGAUUGUGGGAGAUGAGGAUACAUUUAUGUUUAUUAAUGUUUGUCUCUUACUAAAGCAAUGACAUAAAAAACUUAAUAAACCAUAAACCAGGUGCUAUCAUGUAGAUUGGUCAAUGCACAUAUUACUUACUGUCUGUGCAGAUAACUCCAUCAGCAAAUGCAGCUCCUGCCCUCUUACGGCUAACACUAUGACGCUGACACUCAGUUAGAGUCAUCUCGUCUCCACGACACUUCACCCCACUCAUCACCAUCUCAGUCACGUUGCCGCUGUCCCAGUACCAAGGUUUUUUAUUAACAAAGAGGACGAUGCUAAUGACACAGAACAAUGAGUAAUCUAUUGACCUUAUCUCUCAUAAUAAUGAGAGUGCACAAGCAGUCUGAUAAUAAUGGUAGAUUAAAUCAGAUAGAUUGUGUUUAGAUGUCUGUCAUGUAUGACUGGAGUACAGAUCCAUGAUAUACUAUACACGUUUGCAUCUACAAAAUCAUAGCAUAUUUGUUGUGUUUUUACAAAUCUAAAUUCAGGAAUGCAAAUGCUGAUAUAUGCAGCAGUCCUUUGUUAUUGUGUUUGUAUGCAGGAUAUAACCAGGGCCUAGAUGACGGCAGGCCUCCAUGGCCUGCUUAGUGUGUCACCUGGAGCCAACCUGUACAGCUGCUCUGCCCUCGUGGCCUGUACUGCCCCUGACCAUACGGAUCUCUACAUGGAUCCCGGAUCUCUGCAAGGGCUAUUCAGUGAAUUACCUGAUGACAAUCCUGUGAAUAUAAACUGGAAUGCAAUUCUAUUAUGCAAGGGGCAUCUCUGACAGCUUGGCUCUGCAGUUCAUGAACAACUGAACCCUCAAAUUUACCAACCUACCAAGCACCUGCAGGAGCGGUACACACACACACACACACACACACACACCACAGGAUUCAGCAAGGAGUUAUCAGCCUAAAGCUCAGAGUUCAUGGCCGUUGCUCUUAUUUAACUACUUUAUUCAGCACACCACAGAGGCUUAAGCACAAACUGGCACUAGCAGCUACUUAGCCAGUGGUGAGUGCUAGGUCAGUAAACUGGAACAGUAUUCACUGUGCACAGAAGGAGGCUGCAUUCUCACCCAACACACAAUCAAUUAACAGCAGCUCUUACGAUCAAUUAUGGGGCCAACUUCUGAGCAUCUUUUGUAAGCAGAUCCACAGUUGCAACCACAUCAAACUUGAGCUCAGACUUGAACCCAAUUAAACAUCUCUGGAGAGAUCUGAAAAUGGCUGUGCACUGACGCUCCCCAUCCAACCUGAUGGAGCUUGAGAAGUCCUGCAAAGAAGAAUGGGAGAAACUCCCCAAAAAUAGGUGUGCCAAGCUUGUAGCAUCAUACUCAAAAAGACUUGAGGCUGUAAUUGUUGCCAAAGGUGCUUCAACAAAGCAUUGAGCAAAGGCUGUGAAUACUUAUGUACAUGUGCUUUUUUUGUUUUUUUAUUUUUAAUAAAUUUGCAAAGAUUUCAAACAAACUUCUUCCACAUUGUCAUCAUGGGGUUUUGUUUGUAGAAUUUUGAGGAAAAUAAUGAAUUUAAUCCAUUUUGGAAUAAGGCUGUAACAUAACAAAAUGUGCAUGCUCUAGGUUGACUCGCUGUGCUCAUUAAUUAAUUAUUUUGUGUGUACAUUAUAACAUUCUCUCCCUAAUUUGGUCUUAGCCAGAUCCGGCCCACCAGCCAGCUCUGCCCAAUCACAUGACGGCAGCGACCGACCCGGGGAGGGUGAAAGCUAACACGUGCUUCCUCUGAGACGCAUCACGGGGCGGAGUAACGCACUCAGGGGUCGGGGUUUCAGUGCUAUCCAUCCCCUUUCACAUACAUGAGCCCAUGAACUCCCAUGAUUGGUUAGUGUCUGCGUCAUUGACAGGACAGAGAGACAGUAAGCCCUUCCCACCCAGACAGCACACACACACACACACACACACACACACACACACACAGGAUGACAUCACACAUUUCAGUUUUUCUCUAUUUAUUAUCCCUCACAGACAGACAGGGAGACAGGCAGAGAGGCAGACAGAGACUCACAGUGAUGCGUGUGUGCUGCUCGGUGUGUUCUCCUCCAGCUGUUGGUGAUA